AUGGCCACAGAAACCAUGACAUACAGCAACUAUGCAGCAGACCAGAAGGGGUUGAAAACCGAUUUGAGUCAAUUUGCUGCGAGGCGCUCCACCGAGGGCCCUUAUGCCGACAAUCUGGAUGUUGAUGUACUCGUUAUUGGCGCCGGAUUCGGCGGUCUCUACAUGUUGUAUCAAAUGCGAAAGGAGGGCUACAAGACGGUUCUGUACGAUGUUGGAUCAGACUUUGGAGGUGUCUGGCACUUGGCACUUCAAUGCAUACCCAGGCGCAUUGAAAUUCACCGCUAUUUCCGCCAUGUCGGUGAGACCUUGAACCUUUCCAAGGUCACUGCCUUCGAAACAAUAGUUACCGGAGCUACUUACAACACUGCUAAUAGAAAAUGGAACGUGAGCACGUCCGAUGGUCGUCAUGCUAAGGCAACGUAUCACAUUGUCGCCGCUUGGUUUUCCUCCAAGCGCCAUGUUCCCAACUUCAAAGGCUUGGACAAGUUCCAAGGCACUACUCUUCCUUCUGGCCGGCUGAAGGUGUCGACACAGCAGGAAAAAGAGUUGGGGUGA